CCUACCUUGAAAAGAAGGUUGGAGUGCAGAUAUCAAUUGAAAUCGAAACUCCUACCCAGAUAUCUUUAGUUGAUGAAGCAUCGGGCGAGAAGGAAGAGAUUGUUGUGACUCUCUUACCAGCUGGUCACUGCCCAGGAUCAGUUAUGUAAGGGGGCUCAUCUAUUUUGCCAUUUUAUUAUAAUGUGUUAUGUGUUGUAUUUGUAGAAAUAAAUUUUUAGGUCUAAAAAUUAAUAUGGAUAGGGAGAUUUGAUUAUUUUUCUGGCCAUUUCUUUAACCUUUCUUUCCAAAUUGAACUUGGGGGAUGGAGGUGAAGAUCAAAUUUGAAACAUGGCUUUCUAACCAUGGAAGUCUUCAAUUACUAUUCCUCCACUGACUUUGCAUUCCCUUGUCACAUGGAUUUUUCUCUCCAUGAAUAGGAAUGGUCUCAAUAUAUAAUUGAGAGUGCUAACAUUCUGUUAUUUCUUUCUACGUAAGAAAAGAGGCGACGGUGAAGUGCCUGGUGUGGUUUUAUAGCUAUAGUCAUUCCAUUAACACUGUAUCAUGAGAGGGAGGUUCAGCAAGAAGCAUUCGCUAUGGAUUUGGCAUGCAUUUGCUUUAUUAAGAUUUUGUAUGAGACUUAGAAGUCACCGAGAUGUAUUUCCUUUUCAGGUUUUUAUUUCAGGGCAAUAAUGGAACUGUCUUGUACACAGGAGACUUCAGAUUGGCGAAAGGAGAAGCUGCCAGAAUGGAGCUUCUGCACUCUGGGGGCAGAGUAAAAGACAUCCAGAGUGUAUAUUUAGAUACCACUUUCUGCGAUCCAAGAUUUUAUCAAAUUCCAAGUCGGGGGGAAUGUCUGAGUGGAAUCUUAGAGCUGGUUCGCAGCUGGAUCACUCGGAGUCCGUGCCAUGUCGUGUGGCUGAACUGCAAGGCAGCUUACGGCUACGAGUAUUUGUUCACCAACCUUAGUGAAGAAUUUGGAGUCCAGGUUCACGUGGAUAAGCUAGACAUGUUUAGAAACAUGCCCGACAUCCUUCAUCAUCUCACGACGGACCGCAGAACCCAGAUCCAUGCGUGCCGGCAUCCAAAGGCAGAAGAAUAUUUUCAGUGGAACAGACUACCUUGUGGAAUUACUUCCAAAAACAGGAUUCCACUCCGCACAAUCAGCAUUAAGCCAUCCACCAUGUGGUUUGGAGAAAGAACCAGAAAAACAGAUGUCAUAGUGAGGACUGGAGAAAGUUCAUACAGAGCUUGUUUUUCUUUUCACUCUUCCUAUAGCGAGAUUAAAGAUUUCUUGAGCUACAUCUGUCCUGUGAACGCAUAUCCAAAUGUCAUUCCAGUAGGCACGACUGUGGAUAAAGUGAUAGAAAUCUUAAAGCCUUUAUGCCGAUCUUCCCAAAGUACUACGCCUAAGUACAAACCACUGGGAAAACUGAAGAAAGCUAGAACACUCUACCAAGACUCAGAAGAAGAUGAUGAUGAUCUCUUUGAUGACCCUCUGCCAGUACCUUUAAGGCACAAGGUUCCAAACCAGCAAAUUGUUCACCCUGAGGUAUUUUCAAUGACUGCAGCAUUAGAAAACCAGCCCGGGAAACUGAGACAAAGCACAGGCUGCUACAAUGCAGAGAGUAUGCAAAGCUCUCUUGUGGCAAACUUUGUAGAUUGUGAAGAAUCCAACAGUGAAAGUGAAGAAGAAUUAGAAAACCCAGCUUCCCUGCAAGAAGAUCUGAGCUCUGUAACACUUCCCCAGCAAAAGGCUGAUGGGGAUGUACCCCAGUGGGAAGUAUUCUUUAAAAGAACUGAUGAAGUCACAGACGAGAGUUUGGAAAACUGCCCUUCUUCUACAGAGGCGGGGGGAUCUCAGUCACCGAAGCUUUUCAGUGACUCUGAUGGAGAAUCAACCCACAUCUCCUCCCAGACUUCCUCUCAGUCAACACACAUAACAGAACAGGGAAGUCAAGGCUGGGACAGCCAAUCUGAUACUGUUUUGUUAUCUUCCCAAGAGAAAAAUGGGGAUGUUACUUCCUCAAACAAAGCUGGCUGUAGACCAAGAAUCAAAGAGACUAUUCCUGCCUCUCACAUGGAACAAAAUGCACUUUGCCCAAAGGAUACUCACUCUGAUUUGAAAAGCAGACAUCAAGAUGUAACGGUAGUUCCUACUGUUGAAGAACCGACUAUUCUAAGUGGUAGGGAACAUAUACCUCAGGAGAAAAGUCAGCUAAAUCUGAGCACAAAUGCAGAUUCACAGAGCUCCUCUGAUUUUGAAAUUCCCUCAACUCCAGAAGCUGAGCUCCCUCAACGAGAACAUUUACGAUAUUUAUAUGAGAAGCUGGCAACAGACUACUGUUGGCCUCCCUGGUUCCCAGACUCUUGUCUUUCCACCCCAGUGACUUGACUAUGUUUUCUUCCCUUGAAGUCAGGCAAUGGCAUGGUAAGUUUCACUUUAAAAUUAGGCCAUUCAGUGUGUAUAAUAAAUAUAAUCUGAAGUGAAGCCUCUUAUAGUAAGCUUUUUGUUUUGUCUUCUAGAAUAACUAACAUAUAUCCACAUGCCCUAGGGUGAAGUAAAGUCAUAAAAUGUCUCCUGAAAUAGGGAAGUGAUUAAAUUGCAUUUGACAGUUGUAAUUAUUUUCAUGCAUAGAUAUUGAAAAAACUUGUUAAUUGCAAUACAUUUGCUUUUCUCUGAAAAUUUCAAUAAAGUUUUAAUUGUAAAGUAAGGCUGCCCACGACCGCUGUUGUAAUAUUCAUGAUUUACUAAUGACAAAGGACCGGGAGGUCUGAGGUACGUGGUGGCUGACGCACAGCUGAGGCACCAACUGGGCUGAGGAACAUGGGAAAGCCACUUUGCCGGAGCAAGUGGUCCACCCAUGAGCGAGGUUACUUUAUCCCACUACCUGCAUCUUUGUGUUUUGUUUUACUGUAUUCUAUUCAAUAAGCAGAAAUCCUCGUGAAUUAAAAGAACUUUGUUUCCUUUGGAAAACUGGAUAAACUCUUUCUGCCAAACAACGUGAUUAAAUUAUGGUGUGAGGAUACGUGCAAAAACUGUCCUUCUGUGGAAGUCAAUAUAUAUUGAGGUUCCAGGAAAAAAGCCUAGACAUACAUUUGAGUAUGUGUCAGACUGAUCCUUCGUAAGGUUUAAGGACUUCUCCCCUUCCUGUCAAGUAACUGCUACAAUUUGGGACUGCUGUCAGCAGGUAUCUGCUCAUGCAAGCAUGUUAAGAGAGCCAACCGGCAAAACCUAAUAUAGCUAAUUUCCCUAAUCCUGUAAGUUUUUAAUUUUUUGGAUGCUAGCAUAAAGCAACACCUGGUACUGUUUUUUUUCUGCUACAGUUUUUCCUACCAUAACCCUGGGUUGUGCCAAAUGCUAUCAGCAUUCAGUGAAAGAAAUAGAUAACAUUGCUUUAAGUCAGAUGAUUAAAUUAUCAUCCAGCAAAGCUAGAAACAC